AUGCCCAACCAGCCCCGGCCUAAUAUGAUGGCCUUGCUGGAGGACUUUUACAGGGAUAAGUUGAACGACCAGAACUGGAUGGAAAAGCGCUGGUAUGAUCUAGCCAAAAUGAAGAAUAUCCCGAAGGAGAAAGUCCAGAAGCGUUUGAAGGCCCAGCAGGCGCCAUGCAACUUCAGCUUCAUCAAUGUCAACUCUGAACUGGAGACUGUGGAGAAAGCUUUUUCUCUUGACGUUGUGGAGGAUGAGCACAACUACGAGUUUUACAUAGAAUGGCUCUCGGUCUUUGCUGGUGAUUUGCCAUGGAACUCAGAACUAAAGGCCCUGUUCAUGAAGUUCCACACAGAAUCGCCUUUGUGCCGCGCGAAGCUGAAGAUGGACGUCGAGGAUUGGGCGAAUCUCGAAGCUGCCAACCAGAAGAACCUAUGUUCGGCCAUCAUCUUCCUUGCUCGGAGGAAUGAACGAGCCAGGGCUGGGCACAAAAAACUGGAGGACUUGAAGUACGUGGUCAGGACAAUGCGUGGGCACCUUUGGAAGAGAGGCAAGAAGACUCAGAACGAAGAACAGGAUGCUGACACUCCAGAGCCCAGCAGUCACCCAUUAGAGGGGUUUUCCUGUAGCAAAGAAGAGCUUGAGCAAGAAGCUGAACAGAAGGAUUCUGAGAAUUCUGUUGAGCCUGAAGCCCUUGACACCUCUGCCCGCCCCGCUGAGCCAGAGGUUGAGUGCAGAGGGCCGCCAGUGCCAAAAACAGUCAUAGACCAAGACAGCCAACCUAGCCACACUCCACCUGUGGUCCAGGAAUCCCAAGUUCCAUGCACACCCGACAAAGCUGUUUUCGUAGAGGAAAGCCAAGAAGUAGAAUCGUACUUUCAAGAAGAUCAGACUCCACCCGAGUGGAACGAGGGAGAUGGGGUGGCCUAUGAUACAAAGAAAAAUGAGCCUGCUAGCAUGCCUGCUGAGCCAACCUCGGACGGUGCCGAACCUUCCCAGCCAACAACACCUUCAAAAGAGCAUUUGGAGGCGUUGGAAAAGGAUGAGGAAAGGGUAGAUUUGAAGUCUGAUGAAGAAGAUCUAGCAAGGCGUCAGGCUUUCAAGGACCGGAAACCGCUUUUUGAGCUGGAGGACCUACCGGAGCUGACAGAGCAGCAUCUCAAAGACUUUCCUGAUUUAGCCGGGGUAGAUCAAACACAGUUCAAGGCUGUUUCAAACCUACUUCUUCAGUUGCAGCGCGAAACCCGAAAAGACAUCAAUGCGGAGCGAAGGGCAGCUGAGAAAGAGUUGAAGGACAAGCGUGAAGCAACCGAAAGACGGGUCCAAGGGAAGGGAAGGGGCCGAGGCAAAGGACGGGGUCGUGGGAGAAAGGCCUCUCAUGUGGAACCCACGGAGGAAGGAGUUCCUGGAAAAGAGCAGGACGAAGCAAUGCAGCAUUUGCCUGAAGUGCAUCUCCAAAAACUUCGAUCCAAACGAGGGCAUGAUGCUGAAAGCGGCAGUGAAGUUGAGGAAGUCUAUUCAGAUGUUGCAAGCAAGAAACCUGGAAGAAGGCCGAAGGCUAAGGCAAAAACUGCGGCGAAGCCGAAGUCCACAAACAAAGAAGCACAGGAGACUGGCACCAGCAAGAAUGGAAGGGAAGAUGCCCCGGACGCUGCUGAGGACAAGAAACGAAAAAAGAAAGCCCCUGAUCAGGAGAAGACGGAAGACAAGAAACCGACCAAAGAGGCAAAAAAGCGUCGUGGCCAGAACAAGGAGCCCCAGGCUGAUGGCGAAGCAGUGGAACCGGAACCAAAGGCCCGACCGGCCAGACAAAGGAAGAAACCUGCUGAUGCGGAAGCUCGUGAUUCAGAUGACAAUGGGUCCAAACCUGCCUCCGCUGAAAGCAAGCAGCUGCUUUCCAAGGAACAGAAAGAAGACCAGAUCAUGCUCAUCCAUGCAGCAGCCCAGAAGUUCCCAGAACUUGCAGUCCCCGAUGACAUUGCUGACCGAUCGACUUGGACGGUCAAAGCCCCUGAUGCCACCCUCAAGCAGCUGGCGGAGGAUGACACAACUUGCAGCAUAGGAGUGAUCCUGCGAGGCCAAUUCUAUGUCUAUGGCUGUGGUGAAAAGCAGGUGUUGGCCAUCAACAAGGCAACAGGACAGAACUUCAAGGCAGAUCGAAAGGGCGGUGUCACUCUGAGUUGGGGCAAGUAUGGUGUCGGCAAGAGCUGGCAACAUGCUCGGCAGUUGGCUGGAUGGGAACCCGAUGUCCUGUUCGAAGCCGUUGCCUCCUGGUUGGACCAAGAGAGGCGUGGCCUUGACACGGAAGGAGUCGGAGAUGUGCAAUGUUUGGAUGUCUUUUGCGGUGAAAAAGCUAUCUCGACCACAUGGCGCCGUCACAACCAGAAGACGGAGCACUACGAUGUCUUGGAACGUGGAGAGCAGAACGACAUUCUGCUAACGCAGGGCUACUUGAAUCUGCUCAGCAUGGGCCUACGGAUGGAGCCUGACUCCUUAGCCGUUGUGGGGUUGCCAUGCCCUACAUUUGUAUGGGUGAAUUCCGGAACCCAUGGCCGCAAGCCCACCCAGCCAUAUGGAAAUGAAACCAAGUUUGAUUACAUUGCCCGUGCCAAUACGAUUACUGUUCGUACAGUGAUCUUCCUGAUGGUGCUGACGUGCAGAGGAUGUUACUGGUUUUUGGAACAGCCAGGUUCCUCUCAGGUUCGACAUUUUCCUGAAUUGAUUCUUCUCCGGACUCUGAUGGAAACUAGCGGCAUCGCCUCCUACUUCCAGAGAUUCUGGAUGGGAAGCUGGGGAAGUCCUUCGCCAAAGCUUUCGAUGGCCAUUGCUUCGACGCCAUAUGUUUCCCAACUCAAGAAGAAGCUGACCCAGUUCGAGAAAGCGAAGUUGUCGUCUAAGGGGAUUACUAUUGUGAAGCAGCUGCCUGAUGGCCGGAAGUCAGUGCAAGGAGGUCCCAACCUUCGCAAAACCCAAGUGUAUCCUGUUCGUUUUGCCGAAAAAUUGUAUGCCAUGCACUUCGCCCUGAAGGCGAAACAUGCCUUCAGGCUCAAGGCAGAUGUGAAUGCAGCGGCCAAGACAUUCCAGAACCGCAGGAAGAAGAUCCGCGUCCAGAAGACCAUUUGGAAGCGUGGGAACCUUGAUGAGAUCAGCAAAAUGCUGAAGACCAAAAAAGCGAUGGGCCAGUACCGCCCCAUCCACAAAUUUCCCUAA